GUAGCGCCAAGCAACGCGCAGCAACGCGCAGUCUGUGUCACGCCGGCGCGUGGAGUGCAUCGUGUGGGUGAACGUAUCAACUCAAAUAAAAAACUUUCGUUUCUUGUCCGCUACGCUAUUGACGAUGCGGGAUCUCGCUUCGAAGAUGGCAGAGCUGAAAUUUGAAGCACCUUUAGCGCAGUUUGAGGAAGCAGACGAUUGGAGCGCCUCUGACUACCCUAACAAUGGCUCUACAACGACGUCCAUCAAGCUCAACGAGGUGGACAACAUCAACCACCUGAACAACAAGCGCAACAAGGACAUAAACGACGUCCUCCUCAACGACUUCAAUGAAGACGCGCUUCUCAACGAUAAUAUGGAGAUUUUACCCGGUGCGCAUACGCUUUCUCUGGGCAAGAAUAAGGUCGCCGAGAAUGGUCCCAACAAUGUCUCCGAUAAUUUCACAGAGACCUUCAGUGGUUCUUUGGAGGAUUUGGUCAAUACAUUUGACGAUAAAAUCACCAAGUGUUUUGGCAAUUACGAGGAAUCCGUGGAGAAAUUGGCACCAGUUCAGGUGCGGACCCAGGAGGAGAUUAUGAACGAAUGCCAAAUGUGGUGGACAAUCACCGGUAAUUUUGGAAACAUUCUUCCCAUCGACUGGUCGAAGUCAUACGCACGAAGAAUGCAUAUGCCCGCGUUGAACCUCAACGAGAACAAAGAACCGUUAACGCCAGAUGAUGAACUCGAAUUGAGUUCAGAGGACGAGGCAGUUGCUAGUGAUUUGGACAUGCAUGCCUUAAUUCUUGGCGGUUUGAAUCAAGACACCGAACCGUUGAAAACUGCUGAUGAAGUUAUUCAAGAAAUUGACGAUAUUAUGCAGGAAGAUUCGAUGGAUUCGUUCGACAGAUCGCCCGACUCACGCGAUUCUUAUUUAGAAACAAAUGAUACUCUAGAGAAGGCCAAGGAGGUCCUGAGUACUCCCCUCUAUGAAGAUAAGUUGAGGGAUUUAAGCUUGUCGCAAUUGAACGAAUUAUUCAUGGAGCUAGAAGUUUUGAUACGUGAGUUUUCCGAAACGUUGAUCUCGGAGCUGGCACUGCGCGAUGAGCUUGAGUAUGAGAAGGAGCUGAAGAACACGUUUAUUUCGCUCUUACUCGCGGUUCAAAAUAAGCGUCGACAGUAUCACGUUGAGAAGAAACGUACUAAGAAUAAUUCAAUGCGACCGUCUGCCAACGGAUUGGAUCCGAAGUAUCUGACGACAGUGAUUCCAUAUCACCUUGAUAGUGGUCCUCCUAACAAUCAGACCCUCCAGAUCUUGAUUAAGAUUUUGAAAGCGAUUAAUGAAGAUAGCCCUACAGUACCGACGCUCCUUACUGACUAUAUACUUAAAGUUAUAUGUCCCACAUAAACGUCCUGACAUUGGUGUUAUGACUUAAGUUGAUUAUAUAUUUCUUCUACGAGCAGUUUCUUCAGGCGCAUCCACUCCUUAAACUUCAUCGUUUCAACAAUCACAGAAGGGUGAUGCUGUUUGCAUGCGUGAACCGAAAUGAUUAGGAACGCGCUUCGAAGCUACACUAGCCCUACCUGCAAACUUCUCACUGCUUCUCCAGUAGUUUAAGAAUGAAAGUCAUAAGAUUUUCGUGUGGUGCUAGUGUUGUGUCGAAGGGCGUUUGCAAAAUAGGUACAACUGACAAAUACUGCAACAAGUAACUUCAAAUUCUACUAAGCAUAGAAACUAAUAAUAAACAUUAAGUUUGGGCACCACCGAGCGACACGAGAAAACAAAAUGGGAGCUAACUUUCCCAUUAGGAAUAACAUUUGUGAUUGAAUUUGUGUUGUUUUGUUUUGUUUUGCGACGAAUCUUGAUUGGAGAAGACGUCAAGGGAAGUAAAAUAUUUCAGUACAUUUACGUUCGAUAAAAUAUGAAAUCGCGAUGUGUAUCUAUAUUUUUUGUACGAAUAUGUCGAUCACUGUGGAUGUGUGUAAGUUCUAGUUUUAAACACUUGUGGUCAACAAACUGGGAUUAUUUUCUAGUCGUAAAUUUUAAGCAAAUUGUAGUUAAACUAUCAGUCAUCACAUUUUAGUUGAUAAUUUCAAGUGAUAUUAGCUUUUAUUCUGUGUAUAUUUAUGCAUAUAGUAGACGUUUUUCAUGCGCUUUCUGCUUGAGAGAUGAUGGCUCACAAAAACACCGAUAUUCUUUAUCUUUCAAUGCAUUCAAUAUUGUAUUCUCAUGAUAAGCGCUUCUAUACCGAAUAUCGAUAAGCAAGUCGUUUUAAAAUUUACAUAAAACAUGAAGCGAGCGAUUAACAAAGAGUCGCUUUUAAAUGUUAAUACAUAAUAAAUAUGAUAAAUAGUGAAAUCCAUAUUUUAUGCUGUUAAUUAUACUUGAUUCCAGAUAAUAUUAUUACUAUAAAAUAGAUUUGGGGUGUAAUAAAAUAUUCGAUUGA